ACGGAUGUAAACAGAACUUCGUGAUGCUUCUCCUUUCACUCCCCACCUCGUUUGUCUUAUCAGCUGUUUAUUUUUGUUUUGUGUUUUUUUUUUCGAGAGAGCCGCCUGGAAUUUGUUGAAUUGAAUCGAAUGGCGUUAUAUUUCUUUCUGUAAUGUGAAGAGUUAUAAUAAUUUGAAUUUGAUUGUAAAAUUAUUGUUGCUGUUAUUAAUUUCAUCUUGAUCGGUAAUGAUCAUCUUAUUGUGUUUUAAUCGAGCUAAAUCCAAACUUUCGCCGAUUCGUUAAUUAAUCUGAUAAUGUGAGAUCGUGCAUCGCAUCGUUCGAGUAAUUUUGACCAGAUUUCCAAAGGGUACCUCGCUACGAAGAUAAUUCGUUUGGUUGCCGAUUGAAAAAGGAUAAUCGUUGCAAAAUAUGGAAAUGGACGGAGACAUUCAGGCUAAUCCGCCUCGAUCGACGACAUUCAGUUUCUUACGCGGAGAGCAGUCAUUAUCGUUACAAAUGCUGGCUGCUACCAAUAAAGCAUUGAUGUUAUGGCGAAACAAGUAUUAUAAUCCGGCUCACGAUGGUCGUCCUGUAUGGUUUACAUCACCCGAAAUGCCUGAAAGUGGCCAAGAACAUAUCGCAGUCCCGCCUCCCAUCAAAGCAAUUAUCGACGACCGUAUAUCGACAAUUGGAGAAGAGAUAAAAAUGUGGGAGGCGAAUUUUAGGGCAGCAGUGACGGGAAGAUACGUGUCCAAUAUGUGGGACAAGCUGAUCGGGGAACAGGCGCCGCCGCCUUGGUGUCUGCAGCAGGUCGUAAGAACAUCACGUCCAAUUCGUCCAACACCGAUGCACUCGCUCAAGCCCAAAUACUACAAUGUUCUAGAUGAAAAACACGUUGAUAUUCUGGUAAAAGGCUUCGAUAAUAUUGUAUGCGAUCCAGAUGGCACCAUUUGUUUCCAACGCUCCAUUAGAAAUUUCCUGAUGAAGGAAGAAUCACAACUAGAUCCAAAGAUGCGUUUCAGGAUCGCGUGUAUGUUUUGUCUGGAGGAGCAAAUCAUGCAAAUGUGGCCUUCGGUAAAUCAAAUGACUGAUAUAUUUGACAAUUCUCGAUUGAUGCAGUACUGGAACAAUAAGUUGAAUAAUGUUCCGAUUAUUAUUCCUAGAGCUAAUCUAUUAUAUCCCCCACUAUUCCAUAGGCCUACAGUAUUUUUGGUUGUCGUUGCGAAUAAUCGAAAUUGGUCCGCCUUCGAUUACCUAUGGGAUAAGGAGACUGAACCUGAUAAAAUAUCCGCGAGUAGAGUAAUUAUAGCGGCGAAGGAUUUCUAUUCGAUGAAGCGUGUGCUGCUCAACCUAAGCGAAGAGCUAGCUCAAAACCUGUGUUCAGAUAUUGGCGAUCGCAUUUUUUGUAACUUUGUCACUCAUCCUAAAUAUUACGAGUACGCGAUGGUUUCGUGGACGUACAUGAAAAACCACAUGUCUGCAGAAUUGUUUGCCAGAAUUGCACACCAAUUAUGGCAAUGGUUGUUCAAUCCUUCUGAAUCGGAGCUGACGAGGGUGAAGCAAACCAGCGCCAUACUUCUUGAAUUGUGGACCAGCGUCGACGACUCUUUGAAAUCUAACGUUUCAGGAGUUCGUUUUUUCGACACAUUAGAUUGCACUGUACGAGGCGUGCACCAUUACGAUCUAACGUUCAUGUUCGAAAUACUGGUCAACACUAGCGACUUGUUCAAAAAAGAAAUAUGGCUAAAAAAUUGGCGUAAAUUAAUGAUUCGUGCCAAACCCUCGGAUCUAGAGCGACUGAUGAAGGUGUGUUUAGGAAGUGAUGACGAAGUUGAAAAAUUCAAGCAGAGUACUGCGACGAAUAUCGACCAGCUGAAUGAUUACUUCAACGAUUGUUUCAACAAAGGGCUGUUUUCCGAGCUGAGCGAUUACUUAAACUUUUUCGAGAAGAACCCGCGUCGUUUGGAGAACAUGUGCAGAGAAAUGAUGAUGUCGAAUUUAGAUCGUAUUGCUUCUUGCGACGAAGAUGAAGCAACUCAAUGUCAUCUCUUCAUUCGCAAUACCUUCCACGAUGAUGAAAAAGCUGAUCAGUUCAUCAAAGGCUUGGUCUCGAGUCCGGAAUGCUUGGGUUGGAUUUACUGCAAAUUAGACGAUUGUCGAUUCGAUGCAGUUGCGAAUCUCUCCAGAAGAUUCCCCUCCAAUAACAAGAAUUUCAAAGAAAUGAAGGAAGAGUUUUUAAUCUACUGUCAUCGUAAUUUUGCUCGUGGACAAUUUUCCGGAUUCCACGAGCAAAGAUUCGUCGAGUUUGUAUCUUGGUGUGCCGUAGGCGCAGAGAAGGUAUCAAAGUUGAAGAAGUCGUUGAUUAUCGACGAUGUUUUUGAAUUAAUUCUGAAUAAUUUCAUACGAGAAGCAUCGAAUAGGUCACAACGUGGGUCCAUUGAACAAUUACGACGAGUAACCUUCGACGAUGGUUCACGAGAAGCGUCGAAUAGGUUACAACGUGGGUCCACUGAACAAUUACGACAAUUACGAGUACUGGCCUCUAACCGUGGUUUACGAGAAGCGUCGAAGAGGCCACGUCUUGACCCCAUUGAACAAUUACUUACCCCGUUUGAUAAUUUCCUUCGCUGGUAUUUUGGUAGCUCGGAGGCUGCGAAAAAUUAUAAAUUCGUCAAGUUGACCAGGUUCCACGAAUGGGAGGGUGUAAUGAAUGCCUUGCAAACGGCAGACUCUGAAUGUGUUGAUAAGUUUUUGAAGUGGGGUUUCGAAAACGAUCAGAAUGAAGUGCGGAAGCUAAAGUCGAGAUUAAGGUAGUUGUGCCGAGAUGAAAUAUUGUUAUCGUUAUUCCUCGUGUAGAUUAUGUUUUUUACUUGAAUGAUUGCUGUUGUGAAACUGUAUUCGAUUUUUUGCGACCUUACUCCUCCUUCCUCUACCCUCCAAGGCUGUCGAAACGAAAUCGAACGGUGUUUUUGGCCGAAAAACGAGAUAAAAUGCGUACACAAAUUUUCGUCGUCAUUUUGAAUUUGUGAUUGUGAAUAUUAGCCAAUAGGUGAAAAAUCCAAUGACCCCUGAAACUAUCAAAAAGCCAAAAAAAUUUACAAUUUCUGCUUUCUGGAAGGCCCGGCAAAAAAACCCUGUGAUGAAAUAAAACCCUUUUCUUUAUUUCUCAAAACGAAAUUUUUCGUAAGAUUUUGCCCUCGCAGUGUUCGAAAAAUAUUUCAGAUUCCAAAAUUUUGAAAACCAGAAGACAAACUCCUUGCAUGAAAAAACAUCACGUUUUUAGUUCUCUCGAAAUAUCUGCAAAUUUUCAAAAGUUUUCGCUUCGAAACAGAGAAUCAACAUUUUUACGAGUCGAAAAAUUGAUUUAUUUUUUUCCCUGUAUCAGUUGGCAAAUUUUCAGUCGAACCUCCUCCCUCCUCUUCCCCACAAAAAUCCUCUCUAUAGAUUCGUCUCGAAAAAUGAGGCCAAAUUAUAUUUUCUCGGGCCCAACACUGGACGGCUCUGGCCCUACUUUUCUACCCUUUGCAGCAAACUGGGGGGGGGGGUAGGGGUGAAGGAUUUCUAAACUUAUUGCAUACUUUUAUUAUGAUGAAGCGUUUACCAUAUAUUUUUGUUCUAUUAUUAUCGAAGGUAAUUUUAUUUUUUUGUACUUAUAAACUUCAGUCAUGUUAUUUCAAUUAUGAUAAUAUACUUUCUUAUACGAUCUUUUU